AUGGUUCUUCUUGUCACUUCCGAUAACGAACAGUUCACUGUAGAGAAGGAGGUUGCCGAACGCAGCGUCCUCAUCAAAAACAUGUUGGAGGAUGUCGGCGAGACCGACCAGCCCAUCCCGUUGCCUAACGUGUCUUCCAGUGUCUUGAAGAAGGUUCUUGAAUACUGCGAACAUCAUAAGGGCGAGCCACUUCCUGCUGCCGACUCUGAGACAGCGGACGAUACCCGGAAACGAACAACUGAAAUCAGCGAGUGGGAUCAGAAGUUCAUCGGUGUUGAUCAGGAGAUGUUGUUCGAGAUCAUCCUUGCUGCCAACUAUCUUGACAUCAAGGCCCUUCUUGAUGUUGGAUGCAAGACGGUCGCCAACAUGAUUAAGGGAAAGACACCAGAGGAGAUUCGCAAGCUCUUCAACAUUGUGAACGACUUUACGCCUGAAGAAGAGGCGCAAAUCAAGAAAGAAAAUGAAUGGGCUGAGGACCGCUAG